UGUAUUGUAACGCACCCGAAAGCAAUUUGACAACCGCCAAUAAAAUCAAAAGAAGAAGAAGAAGAAAGCUUACAGGAGGAGAAGAAGAAGAAAAGCGAUUUGUUUGGCAGAUGGCGGGUGCUUUGAAAGAAAAACAACUUGUGCGACAUGUCUAUGCUGCCUUGCAGGCUGCGUCCUGUCCCUUGGUGGAGGGUCUGUACCUGCAGGAGGAGGACAACAUGCUGCAGCUGCUGUGUGCUCCCUCUCAGCACCGCACAGACAUACUGGCCUGGAUCUGCAGCAGUAUCAACCCAAACUUUGCCAAUUCCAAGUCGAUGUCAGUGAGAUCCAGUGGCCCAGAUGUUUUGACUAAAGAAAUGGCUGUGCUUGGGCAGGAGCUGAUGCUGUGUAAAGCAGAUGACCUGGACCUGAUCAGGGGUGAUGCAAGUCCUCACUGCCAGCUUCAGUUCCUGGAGCAGCUUUUAACUUUAAUACCUGGCUGCAAGAAGUCUGCUGAGCGCAGAAUGGAUCAAGAGAUGCUACUGAACGAGCUCUACGCUGCUGAGAAUCUGCCUCACUUCACACAAAUGCUCAGACCCACACUCGACCCCUGGCCUGCACACAUCAAGGCUUUACGCAAGGGCACCAAGUCAUCUCCUAAGCCGAGUAGAGAGGAGGCUGCUGAUGCUGCCACCCUUCUACAGCUGACUCAGUCAACGCUGGAGCAGCUACAGUCCGAGUGUGAAUUCCUGAGCCACGAGGCGCAGAGUCCCGGUGUCUUCUCUCCGAGCUCAUUGCGUGUGGCGGCGUGUGACCUCCAGAUGUUGAUGGCUACUUUCAGCCAUGUUUUCGAAACCGACUUCAGAGCUUACUGCAGCAGAGAUCCUCCCAGCUUCAGCACAGAGACCGACAUCUUCCAGAGAACACACCAACUGUUGCUGGCCUUCAUCAUGGAGUUGGAGAUGCUAAAGGAAGUAACAGACGCUUCUGUAUCCGUGACUGAGGAAGUAAACCAGCUACAAACACAGCCUCGCUGCUGGAGCCGAGGAGAGAAGCGCAAGUUACCGGAUCAAUUGGAGGAACUCACCAGGCGAAUUAGAGACUUUUUCUCCUUGCUUCAUUCCUGAUGGCAUCUCUAGACACCAGAAACAUCUAACCAUCAGGGUGGAAGCAGUCAAAGCACUUAACAUGAGGUAGUAAUAAUGGGAGCGUCUGAUCUGUUGUUGUGUUAAAACUUUAAAUGUCAAACAGAAUUGUGACUAAAAAUGGAUACGUUGUUUGAUUUCACAAAGGUGACGGCCACCGUUUCACAUUUCAGCAGAAAUGCGCUCACCUUUCUCUGUGUCAUAGAGAACUAAUACUGUUUGAUGGACUCAUCCAAACCCUGUUUAUUAUUCUAAUGUCAGUGUGACUGAGAAGUUUUGUGUAAUCGUUCACAUCAUAACACUGGCAACAAUGAUUUACUCUACACGUGUUAAACUUAAGGCUCGCGGGCCAAAUCCGGCCCCUCGCAAAGUUUGAUCCGGCCCCCAUACCAAUUUAGGUUCUCAAUAAAUUUUGGUCCGCCUAGUUGUGGUCUGCACAACAACAUGUGUUCCGUACACCAAACACACAGGCAUACCGCCACUGUCAGCAAGCUACAUAACACAGAAUGACACGAAAAAGGAAAAUCUGGUUUUAUGUGCAGCCGAUUGCAUGCCAGAAGGCUGGGCUGUAUGUGACAUGUAAACUACAUGAUUGAAAAUCUUUUACUUUUAUUCUUUUUAUCAAAUGUCCCACACAACCAAUGAGUUGUCAUAUUCAGGUUUGUGAAACAGGCUGUAUGAGACUAACAAAAUUAAAGAUUCAGUAUUUUUCUUUUACAUGAGAUUUCAUUUUGUUUUAUUAAAUGCCCAACACAACCAUCGAGUUGUCAUAUUCAGGCCUGUGAAGCCGGUUGUUGCGUGUUGGCUGUGUGGUAGCUACUAAAAAAUGUAAUAAGAAUGCAUUAUUUUGCUUGACUAAAUGCUAAGCAACUUUUUUGGUGACUUUUUUAGGGCUUUAUGUAGACUAAAUGGUAUGUGGGACGUGCUACAAUAUAUUCAAAGACUUUUUAUUUUUAUGUUUUCUAUUAAAUAAAAGCAUGUCAAUAAACUAUAUACUAUAUAUAGCUGGCCCUUGAUGUGACUCUCAUUUUCCAGUGUGGCCCUUAAUGAAAUUGAGUUUGACAAAUGAGCAGAAGGCUCAUUACUGUAGGUGGGUGUCUGUUUUGUUGAUAAUAGUAAUUGUAUAAUCAGAAUUCAACGGUCCUCCUUUUUGUUUUUUCACCCUAACUUGUAUUGUCCUUUGUGGUACACAAUAUAAAUGUUCAUAUUGUAUUACUGAAUAAAUGUAAAUGUUUUAAACUUCAA